UGGCGCGGGCCGGGCAUGGGCGGCGGGCCGGCGGGCCGGGGGCGGUGGCAAGGACGAAGGGCGGGCCGCGGGCCCCGGCGCGCACAGCGUUUCGGGCCUUGUAGUCCGCGGCCGCCGGCGCACUGCCCGUCGGGCCUUGUAGUCCGCGGGCCGUCGGCGCGCAGGCUCGCCGUGGCGGCCAGACUACAGCUACCGGAAGAUGCUGCGCGACCGGAGCGGAGCAUGCCGGGCAUCGUAGUCCCGCCGGGAGAGGCCCGGCGGUCGUCGGACUCCAGAGGGUCUUCGGCCGGGUCGGGCCGCAUCCCGGCCGCAGAGGGGUGGUUGCCCCGACCGGCGGGAGCUCUGGCCCCGGUGUCUGGGGUCGGGACGAGGACGGGAGGCAGUUGCAGCUCUGGCCGCGGGAAGCCUGGGUGGGCCGCCCUGAGCGCUGCGCAGGGGCCGGAGCGCAGGCGGCCACUGGGCCCAGCCCGAAGCCCGGCCUCUGCAGGCCCUGCUCUUGGACGGUGGAGGUUUGGCGGAGUUUCGACGGCCUGGACGUGGACCUCGAGACCUCCGCCGGCCUCUGGUCAAGCCCCCGGGCCUCCCGUGGCCUACAGGGAGCCCCCAAGGGCCCGCACUCGCCCUGCCUCUGCCCCUCCCGCCACGCGCCGGAGGGCGGGUGGCUGCCUCGCGCUCCCUCCCUCGCUGCCGGCUUGUCCCUCUCGGCCCACCGCUCCUUUGAUGCCGGUGCCCAGAGCCCUGACCGCGCAGCAGCCCCGGUGCUGGACCGUUCUCCCCCACGGCCGCCCGGCACCCCAGCACCCCGCCUUCACAGGCGGCUCGCUGACCAAGCUGGCCUACUACUCCACCGUGCAGCACAAAGUCGCCAAAGUGAGGUCCUUCGACCACUCGGGCAAGGACGCCGAGCAAGACCACGAGCCGCCCUACGAGAUCUCGGUGCAGGAGGAGGUGACCGCCCGGCUGCACUUCGUCAAGUUCGAGAACACCUACAUAGAAGCCUGCCUGGACUUCAUCAAGGACCACCUCGUCAACACCGAGACCAAGGUCAUUCAGGCGACCGGGGGCGGGGCAUACAAGUUCAAGGACCUCAUCGAAGAGAAGCUGCGGCUGAAAGUUGACAAGGAAGACGUGAUGACUUGCUUGAUAAAGGGGUGCAACUUUGUGUUAAAGAACAUCCCGCACGAGGCCUUCGUGUAUCAGAAAGAUUCCGACCCUGAGUUCCGAUUUCAGACAAAUCACCCCAACAUCUUCCCGUAUCUUCUUGUCAAUAUCGGUUCUGGAGUCUCUAUUGUGAAGGUGGAGACCGAGGACAGAUUCGAGUGGAUUGGCGGCAGCUCCAUUGGAGGUGGCACCUUCUGGGGGCUUGGGGCGCUGCUCACCAAAACAAAGAAGUUUGAUGAGCUGCUGCAUCUGGCCUCCAAGGGCCAUCACACCAAUGUGGACAUGCUGGUGCAGGACAUCUAUGGCGGGGCCCAUGAGACCCUGGGGCUGAGCGGCAACCUCAUCGCCAGUAGCUUCGGGAAGUCGGCCACCGCCGACAGAGAGUUCUCCAAGGAGGACAUGGCCAAGAGCCUGCUGCACAUGAUCAGCAAUGACAUCGGGCAGCUCGCCUGCCUCUAUGCGAGGCUCCACUGCUUGGACAGGGUCUACUUCGGCGGCUUCUUCAUCCGGGGCCACCCCGUCACCAUGCGCACCAUCACCUACAGCAUUAACUUCUUCUCCAAGGGGGAAGUCCAGGCACUGUUCUUGAGACACGAAGGCUACCUGGGAGCCAUCGGAGCGUUUCUAAAAGGAGCCGAACAAGACAACCCCAACCAGUACAGCUGGGGCGAGAACUACGCAGGCAGCUCCGGGCUGAGGAGUUCGCCCCCAGAGCCCUGCCCAUCUCAGCGGACCAGGGGCGGCGCCUUUGACUUGCUGGAAAUGGACCGGCUGGAGAGGCCAUUGGUGAAUCUGCCGCUCCUUCUGGACCCGUCGUCCUACGUGCCCGACACCGUGGACCUCACGGACGACGCCCUGGCUCGCAAGUACUGGCUCAGCUGCUUCGAGGAGGCGCUGGACGGGGUGGUGAAACGUGCUGUGGCCAGCCAGCCAGGCUCUGUGGACGCAGCUGAAAGGGCGGAGAAGUUCCGCCAGAAGUACUGGAACAAGCUGCAGACGCUGCGACACCAGCCGUUUGCUUACGGAACCCUGACCGUGCGCAGCCUUUUGGACACGAGGGAGCACUGUUUGAAUGAGUUCAGCUUCCCAGACCCCUACUCCAAGGUGAAGCAGCGGGAAAAUGGCGUGGCGCUGAAGUGUUUCCAGAGGGUGAUCCGCUCCCUGGAUGCGCUGGGCUGGGAGGAGCGGCAGCUGGCCCUGGUCAAAGGGCUGCUGGCCGGCAACGUCUUCGACUGGGGAGCGAAAGCCGUCUCUGAUGUCCUCGAAUCCGACCCCCAGUUUGGGUUUGAGGAGGCAAAGAGGAAGCUGCAAGAGCGGCCCUGGCUCGUGGACUCCUACAGCAAGUGGCUUCAGAGACUGAAGGGGCCCCCUCACAAAUGUGCCUUAAUUUUCGCAGAUAACAGUGGAGUAGACGUCAUUUUGGGAGUCUUCCCCUUUGUCAGGGAGCUUCUCUCUAGAGGGACGGAGGUCAUCCUGGCGUGCAACUCAGGACCCGCCUUGAACGACGUGACCUACAGCGAGUCCCUCAUCGUGGCUGAGCGCAUUGCGGCCAUGGACCCCGUUAUCCACUCAGCACUCAGAGAAGAGAGGCUCCUGCUGAUGCAGACGGGUUCCAGCUCCCCGUGCCUGGACCUCAGCCGCCUGGACAAGGGGCUGGCCAUGCUGGUGCGGGAGCGCGGUGCAGACCUGGUGGUCAUCGAGGGCAUGGGCCGGGCCGUCCACACCAACUACUAUGCGAGCCUGCGCUGUGAGAGCCUCAAGCUGGCUGUCAUCAAGAACUCCUGGCUGGCCGAGCGGCUGGGCGGCCGGCUCUUCAGCGUCAUCUUCAAGUACGAGGUCCCGGCCGAGUGAGGCGCCACCCUGCUGGACUGUUCUCGUCACUCGUCAGGAAUGUAUUUCGACUACAACAGGGAAACUGCAUUCAAAUCCGAAUAUUUAUAUUGUGCUUCUGUGACUCGGAGUGGGCGCACCCAGCUGUGGACACGGCGCUCGAGGCCCUGAGUCGGUGUUCACACUGCCGUGUUCAUGGUGGGGACGCAGCUCUCGUCCCGUGAGACACUCACGUUGGAAUGUAUUUAGCUGUUAAAUAAUCUUUUAUAUAUAUAUAUAAAUAUAUAUAUAAAUAUAUACAGAUACCUGUGGCGGAGACGCA